CCGAGAUACUCUUCAUUAGAGGCAGCCUCUGUCUAAUCUUUGGCUUUGAAGAAGAUGCGGCAGCCUCUUGCCCUCUGUGGAGGAGUAAAAUGUUGGAGAGCCAUGCCCCCGCGUUCUCUUGAGGCAGGCCUAUCUGUAGUUUCCGCGUGUCGAACACAGUUGGGGCUAGCGUCGACCGUGGGACGACCGGCCCAGGUUUUGUUUCGGAUGGCGGGCCCUGAGACAUGAUCCCCAGCCGGCCGAGAAAGUUUGCGCGCCGCCGGCUCCAGCUCUGGCCGAUGCCGGUCGGGCGCCCCACGUCGGAGAUCACGUUCGAGAUUGCAUAACGCUACCGACCAACACCUGCCGGAGGCGGCGCGCGCCGCCUAGCAUUCGGACACAUGUACCGGCUGAAGACAGAGCGGCCGCCCGGCGCCCUUUAUUUUGUUUGCCCCCUCCGCCCCUCUGUGGCGCCUGCCGGCGUAGGCGCCCCGCGUAAGCGAGACGGCGCGCCCCGGCGGGCGGAUAAGCAGCAACCCAGGGCCCCAAGGGGGGGGCGGUGUUUGCGCUGGUGCCUUAUUGUUGCCCCCCUCUGCGAAGUCUCGAAACCUGUUGGCGGGCCACCUUCCGUCCUCGCAGGGCA